AUGGAAAUAAAAAAGGGGAGGUCAUUUUGGAUCUUUUGCCUGAUUUGGAGUUGUUGCAGUGGCAAAGAACCAGUUCAGAUAGUCCAGGUCUCUACUGUCAGUAGGAGUGAAUGUGCCACCUGGGGCAAUUUCCACUUUCAUACAUUUGACCAUGUAAAAUUCACUUUUCCUGGAAUCUGCACAUAUGUCUUUGCUUCGCACUGCAAUGACAGCUACCAGGACUUUAACAUCCAAAUCAGGCGCAGUGACAAGAAUAGCUUCCUGAUCUACUUCACAGUCACCAUUGAUGGAGUGAUCUUGGAGGUGAAGGAGACAGGCAUCACAGUGAAUGGGAACAAGAUCGACAUGCCCUUCAGCUUGAAGAGCAUCCUGAUUGAGGACACCUGUACUUACUUUCAACUCACUUCCAAGCUGGGCCUGACACUCAAGUGGAACUGGGCUGACACUCUCCUACUGGACCUAGAAGAAACAUAUAAAGAGAAAAUAUGUGGGCUAUGUGGGAACUAUGAUGGCAGUGAGAAGAAUGAUUUGGUUUUGGAUGGAUAUAAAAUGCAUCCAAGGCAGUUUGGGAACUUCCACAAAGUAGAGGAUCCAUCAGGAAAGUGUGCUGAUGUGAGUCCAGAUGACCGCACUGGAAGACAUCCUAAGAGGGAAGAUGAUAGAUGCAGCAAAUAUAGAAAAAGAUGCAAGAAGCUUAUGUCUCAUUUUGGAAACUGCCCCAAAGUUGUUGCUUUUGAUGACUACGUAGAGACCUGCACUGAGGAUAUGUGCCACUGUGCAGUUAAUUCUUCUCACUUUGAUUUGGUUUCCAGCUGCAUAUGCAGCACUUUAAACCAGUACUCUCGAGAUUGUGUCCUCAGGAAGGGUGACCCUGGGGAAUGGAGAACCAAAGAACUUUGCUGUAAGNNNUGCCCAAACAACAUGGAGUACAUGGAAUGUGGAAACUCCUGUGCUGACACAUGCGCCGACCCAGAAAGGAGCAAGAUUUGUAAAGCCCCAUGUACAGAUGGCUGUUUCUGCCCUCCUGGAACUAUCCUUGAUGACUUUGGUGGCAAAAAAUGCAUCCCCAGAGACAGCUGCCCCUGUAUGUUUCAAAGCAAAGUCUACUCAUCAGGAGGGACCUACUCCACUCCCUGCCAAAACUGUACUUGCAAAGGAGGCCAUUGGAGCUGUAUCUCUCUGCCUUGUUCUGGAAGUUGCAAUAUAGAUGGAGGAUUCCACAUAACAACGUUCGAUAAUAAGAGAUUCGAUUUUCAUGGCAACUGCCAUUAUGUCUUAACUAAGAAUACUGAUGACACAUUUGUGGUGAUUGGAGAGAUCAUCCAGUGUGGGACAUCAAAGACAGUGACUUGCUUAAAGAAUGUAUUAGUCACUCUAGGAAGAAGUACAAUAAAAAUAUGUUCCUGUGGAAACAUCUACAUGAACAAUUUCAUUGUGAAGCUGCCAGUAAGCAAAGAUGACAUCACCAUCUUCAGACCAUCUACAUUUUUCAUCAAAAUCUUGAGCUCAACUGGAGUACAAAUUCAAGUGCAAAUAAAACCUGUAAUGCAGCUCUCCAUAACAGUCGACCAUUCUUAUCAGAAUCGCACAUCAGGUCUUUGUGGCAAUUUUAAUAACAUCCAGACUGACGACUUCAGAACAGUCACUGGAGCUGUGGAAGAUUCAGCUUCUGCUUUUGGUAACUCAUGGAAAACUAGAGCCAGCUGUUUUGAUGUUGAGGACAGCUUUGAAGAUCCUUGUUCAAACAGCGUGGAUAAAGAAAAAUUUGCGCAACAAUGGUGUUCUCUUCUGUCUAAUACAAGCAGUGUGUUUGCUGCCUGCCAUUCUGUUGUAGAGCCUUCAGUAUACAUCAAGAAAUGUUUGUAUGACACCUGUAAUUCUGAGAAGAGUGAAGUUGCCCUGUGUAGUGUGCUCUCUACCUACUCCAGAGACUGUGCUGCAGCAGGCAUAUCCCUGAAGGGCUGGAGGCAGGGCAUCUGUGAUCCCUCUGAGGAGUGUCCUGAGACUAUGGUUUAUAACUAUAGCGUGAAAUACUGUAACCAGUCUUGCCACUCACUGGAUGGACCUGAUCCGCUGUGUGAAGUUCAGAUCGCUCCUAUGGAGGGCUGUGGUUGCCCUGAAGGGACCUACCUCAAUGACGAGGAGGAGUGUGUAACUCCAGAUGACUGUCCCUGCUACUACAAAGGCAAGAUUGUUCAGCCUGGCAACUCCUUCCAAGAGGACAAACUGAUGUGCAAAUGCAUUCAAGGAAGAUUAGACUGCAUUGGAGAGACUGUCCUGGUAAAAGAUUGCCCUGCUCCUAUGUAUUACUUCAACUGCAGCUCUGCAGGUCCUGGUGCAACUGGAUCAGAGUGUCAGAAAAGUUGUAAGACACAGGACAUGCAUUGUUAUGUCACAGAAUGUGCUUCUGGCUGCAUGUGUCCUGAUGGGCUGGUAUUAGAUGGCAGUGGAGGAUGUAUUCCCAAAGAUCAAUGCCCGUGUGUUCAUGGAGGACACUUUUAUAAACCUGGAGAAACCAUCAAAGUGGACUGCAACACAUGCACCUGCAAUAAAAGGGAGUGGAACUGCACAGACAAUGCCUGCAAAGGAACCUGCACUGUGUAUGGAAAUGGACAUUACAUGAGCUUUGAUGGGGAGAAGUUUGAUUUCCUGGGAGACUGUGACUAUAUCCUAGCUCAGGAUUUUUGCCCCAAUAACAAGGAUGCUGGCACCUUCCGAAUUGUAAUUCAGAACAAUGCCUGUGGGAAGUCACUCUCCAUCUGCUCCCUAAAGAUCACACUAAUUUUUGAGAGCAGUGAAAUAAGGCUCUUGGAAGGAAGAAUUCAAGAGAUAGCUACUGAUCCAGGAGCUGAGAAGAAUUACCAAGUGGAUCUCAGAGGGGGUUAUAUUGUGAUUGAAACAAACCAAGGGAUGAACUUCAUGUGGGACCAGAAGACUACUGUUGUUGUUCACGUGGCACCAUCUUUCCAGGGAAAAGUCUGUGGCCUUUGUGGGGACUUUGAUGGCCGCUCAAGGAAUGACUUCACAACCAGAGGGCAGUCCAUGGAGAUGAGCAUCCAGGAGUUUGGAAAUAGCUGGAAAAUAACAAGCACCUGCUCAAAUACAAACAUGACAGACCUGUGUGCUGAUCAGCCUUUCAAAUCUGCUCUGGGACAAAAGCACUGCAGCAUCAUUAAGAGUAACAUCUUUGAAGCCUGUCACAGUAAGGUGAACCCAAUACCAUAUUAUGAAUCUUGUAUUUCUGACUUCUGUGGCUGUGACAGUGUGGGAGACUGUGAGUGCUUUUGUACCUCAGUUGCUGCUUAUUCAAGAAGCUGUAGCAGAGCUGGUGUCUGUAUCAACUGGAGAACUCCUGCCAUUUGCCCUGUGUUUUGUGAUUAUUAUAAUCCACCUGACAAACAUGAGUGGUUCUAUAAAGCCUGUGGAGCCCCUUGUCUAAGGACUUGCAGGAACCCACAAGGGAAAUGUGGGAACUUGCUGUACAGUUUUGAAGGCUGUUACCCGGAGUGCAGUCCUGAUAAGCCAUAUUUUGAUGAGGAGAGCAGGGAGUGUGUCUCGCUCCCCAACUGCACUUCAUGUGAUCCUGAACAGAAACUAUGUACUGAAGACUCCAAAGAAUGCCUUUGCUGCUACAAUGGAAAGACCUACGCCUUAAAUGAAACUCUAUACAGCCAAGCAAAUGGGACCAAGUGUGGUGAUGCUGUCUGUGGCCCUAAUGGGGAGAUCAUUAGAACAUUCAUCCCCUGCAGAACUCCAUCCACACCAGCACAAGAACCACAAAUGCAACCUGUAACAUCUACACCUCCAUCGUCAAUGGUAGCCACUCCCUGCUUCUGCAAUGACAAUGGACAAUUGAUACAAAUGGGAGAAAAUGUUUCCUUGCCAGUUAAUGUAUCAGGUCACUGUGCUUUCUCCGUUUGCAAUGCAUCAUGUCAGAUUGAAUUAAUUUGGGCAGAGUGCAAAAUUGGUCAUACUGAGGCCCUCAAGACCUGUGAUCCAAACUCUGAAACCUGUCCACUAACACCUGCUCCCAGUGCAUCAAGCCAAGCUCCUGCUACCACAGGGACUCCUGUGAACGAUUGUCUUGGGCUCAUUCCUCCCAGAAAGUUUAAUGAAACAUGGAACUUCGGAAACUGCCAGAUUGCGACUUGCCUGGGAGAAGGAAACAAUAUUAAGCUGUCCAGCAUGACUUGCCCAUCUCAGCAACUGAAACUCUGCACCAAUGGCUUCCCGUUCACAAAACGCUAUGAUGGAACUGGUUGCUGUGAAGUCUUUGAGUGUCAGUGUAUUUGCAGUGGAUGGGGAAAUGAGCAUUAUGUGACUUUUGACGGAACAUAUUAUCAUUUUAAAGAAAACUGCACCUAUGCCCUUGUGAAGUCAAUUCAUCCGGACACUCACAACUUCUGGAUUCACAUAGACAACUACUACUGUGGUGCCAUUGAUGGAGCAAUUUGUUCAAUGUCCCUUCUCAUUUUUCACUCUGACUCUGUUGUUGUUCUGACACAAGCAAUGGAACAUGGAAAAGAAACAAACUUGAUUUUGUUUAAUGAUAAGAAAGUUGUUCCAGACAUUUCCAAGAAUGGUAUCAGGAUAACCAGUUCUGGCCUCUACGUCAUAGUAGAAAUACCUGAAUUAGAAGUUUAUGUCUCCUACAGUCGACUUGCAUUUUACAUAAAACUCCCUUUUGGAAAGUUUAAUAACAGUACCAUGGGACUGUGUGGUGAGUGUCCUCAUCAGCUGCCA